AAGGAAAAUUUUAUGGCUCCUUUUAAGAUUGUCUUGAUUCGUCACGGCGAGAGUGUUUAUAACCAAGAAAAUCGGUUUUGCGGCUGGCACGAUGCUGAUCUCUCUUUACAGGGCGUCAAUGAAGCUAAACAAGCUGGACAGUUGCUAAAACAAAAUAACUAUCUUUUUGAUUGCGCCUUUACCAGUGUUCUCAAACGCGCCAUCUUGACUCUCAACCUUGUGCUGGAUGAGUUAGAUCUUCACUGGAUACCCGUUUUAAAAAGUUGGAGACUUAACGAACGAAUGUAUGGAGGACUUCAAGGCUUAGACAAGGCGGAAACCGCAGCUAAACACGGUGAGGAGCAAGUAAAAAUAUGGCGGCGUGCAUACGAUAUCCCUCCUCCAUGCUUGGAAACCUCUGAUCCUCGUUGGCCUGGAAAUGAAUCAAAAUAUUCGAUGCUUGAUCAAAGUAUAGUCCCACGCACCGAAUGUCUUAAGGAUACGGUUGAGAGAGCCUUACCCUUUUGGCAUGACGAAAUUGUUCCGGCCAUAAAGCUUUGA